GGCCAGGUGGGACCAUGGAGGACGAGCAGUACUUCUCCGACAUCUACGGCGGCCGCCUGGGCCUGCAGCGCCGCUACUACUCGCAGUCCUGCCGGGAGUUUUGCGUCGUCUGCCCUCGGCUCUCGCUGCGGUCGCUCACGGCUGUCACCUGUGUCAUCUGGCUGGCGGCCUACGGGCUGUUCGCGCUCUUCGAGAACAGCAUGAUCCUCUCUGCCGCCAUCUUUAUCACCCUCAUAGGCCUGCUUGGUUAUCUCCAUUUUGUGAAGAUUGAUCAGGAGACUCUGUUAAUCAUUGAUUCCCUGGGCAUUCAGAUGACUUCAUCCUAUGCCUCAGGCAAAGAAAGCACCACCUUUAUUGAAAUGGGCCAGGUGAAGGAUAUUGUGAUUAAUGAGGCUAUUUAUAUGCAGAAGGUCAUUUACUACCUCUGCAUUCUAUUGAAGGAUCCAAUGGAGCCCUGUGGUAUAUCCCAGGUAGUGCCUGUCUUCCAGAGUGCCAAGCCCCGGCUGAACUGCUUGAUUGAAGUGUACAGGAGCUGCCAGGAGAUCCUGGCAAACCAGAAAGACACAUCCACAACUUCCUGAGUCCCAGCGUACAAAAAAAGGCCAGUAUUAUCUUCCACGGGAAAUGACUCCUGAGCCACGGAGGCUGGCUUAUUUCCAGUACACUAAACCAUCAGUUGGACACAGUUCUAAGGAGCAGGUUGGAUGGACGCAGUGAAUCUCAGAGCCAUAGAGCAGGUGACUGGAAACCUAGCUCCUUGUGUGAUGCAGAACUAAGUAUUUGUUUAGUCUAGUGUUGUCCUUGUAAGCUUUUGCUUACGUUAUUGACUGAGGGGAGACCUUAAGAAACUACGUCAAAAUAAAUGUCGACACAGCACUUUGUGAAAUUCCUAAAUACAUUCAAGUUUACUACUGAAAUUUGUGGAGCCAGAAGUUGGGAAACCACUAUCCAAGAUCCUGAGAAC